AUGGAUUCAAGAAACUAUUAUGGGUCAUCGUCUUCACCCGGGCGUGCAUGCCUCUGCUCCCCCACCUCGCACCCGGGUUCAUUCCGGUGCAGCCUUCACCGGAGCCCUACCCAGAAAGAACCAGCUGCUGAAAAGAACCGGGUCUUGGAGCUGGAGGCAUCCAGCACUUCUUCCAGGAUGUCCAAAAUGGGCAUUGUGAAGGCAUUCGUGAUGAAGUUGAUAAAGCCUUCCACCAAUGAUAAUCUUCCCAGGAGGAGGAAUUUCCAACCCAAGCCCACCCGCUUUUUUGACCCGAAUUCUUGA